AUUAUUCACACACCCUCGUGAAUUAUUCAAUUAUUGUUCAAGUGAAUUUUAGAAAUCCAAAAGAAAAAAAGUGGGAAAAUUACAGUGAGCGCAUGAUGAUGAUGUCAUGGAGGCAAAGUUGCGGUCGCUCCGCUGACACAGCAUAGCAUGCGCUUCACGCCUGCCAGCGAGCCGUAACCGAAAGAAGCGAAACGCCACCAACAAAGGCAAAAGCAGCAGGCAAGUCGAUUUUCCAAGAGAAAGGUGGUGGCGGAACGGCGACGCGCGGAUGGCGAUGGAGUUCAGGUCCUACAAGGACGACGCGUGGUACGACGUGAGUAUCGAGACGGAGGGCGGCAAUGGCGGUGGCGGCGACGGCAUGAGACUGAGAGUCAAGUUCGCCGGGUUCCGCGACGACCAGGACGAGUUCGUCGACGCCAACGACUUCAGGUCGGUGAGUGACGUGGCCGAGUUGAGGAUCUCGGUUCAGGUCCAUGUCGGCUCAGCUUCAGGACUCGGAGUGCUCUCAGGUGAACAGGGGGGUGAUCGUCUGCGCCGCUCACUCCGCUCUCCCCGACGAUCGCCGCUUCUACGACGCCGUCGUGGAUGACGUUGUGCAUAGUAAGCAUGUGUUCGCAAACGGAGAAGAACAAUGCACAUGCACCUUCAUCCUCUCAUGGCAGCACGGUCCGUUCGCCAGGACGCUGACCGCCAAAGCUCUCGAGCACAUUUGCAAAGUCCUGCCUCCGGUUGCUGAUGGCGAACUGAAUCCACUGCUCACCUCUUUUCUGAACUUGGUAAGGAAGAGAAUUGAAGCAACUGGCUUUUCGGAUUCGAAUGUGAGUUCUGCUGAAGCUGCUGCUGCCAGCAAUGGCCGAAAUGGGCCCCCCGGCUUUCCUCAACGCCGAAAUCAGGAAACAAGGCCUUCUAGGUUGUCCUCAGGUCAUGUCAAAGUAUAUGAACGAACAGGACAUGACGUAGAUAUUGGAGGGGUGCCGCAUAUGAUCAUCAUAGACAAUCUUGAGAAGGGGUUAUUGCCAUCAACAAUUAUGGAGUUUAUUCAUCAACAACUUUCAAUCUCAUGUCAAGCAUUUGUUUCGCCAAGUAAGUUGUUAGAGAUAUAUGCACGAGGAGGCAUUCUGUUGCACAGCAAAAGGAACUUUGACAAGUUAUUGGCCUUUUUGGAGAAUCCAGAUCACAUCAUUGUUUCCUCGGGAGGAAGGCCUUGGUUCGUGACUGAAAAAUUACCGUUACAUGACUCGCUAAAGGCAGUGACUGAAACAUUCGCACUUGCAUCUCAGAAAGUAUUAGAGAGCAGAACUAGAACUUGCAAUGAAUUGAAGGUUGUCGUUUCUGGGACUAAAGAGUACGAGCAGGCUAAGCAGCUACGUGAGUUGUUUAAGCAAUUUGCCAAGCAUCAAUGCAUGAUUCAGCAGAGAUUAGUUAUUGAAGAGGGAAGGAUCUUGCAGCUGUCUGAUCUGGUGUAGAGAUGACAAACGUUUAAAGCUUAAGUCCUUGUGAAUACUUUUUGUUACGUUGCAGAUAUGUGUUAUCUGCAACGAAGGCGACGCACUCUGACUGCACCAAAAUGUAAACGUGACGAGCAAAUGAGGCACCUCCGACCACCUCCUAUAUGUAUAUCUGGGCUGAAUCAAAGGUACAUGGAUGUACUUAAAAUUUUGGUUUGUAAAAUCUGGGCUGAACCGAAGGUUUUUUGGAAUUCGGUUAAAUUGUGAAUUUUCAGUGUGAUGCUUCUGCUGUAAAAUCUGGUAUAUCAGUUGGUGCAUUUGCUUUGAGGAUAA